AUGGUGGAGUUGGAGGCUCUUCACCUAGGAACUCUGAUGGCUGCACAUGGUUACUUCUUCCCCAUCUCAGACCACGUCCUCACUCUCAAAGAUGAUGGCACUUUCUAUAGGUUUCAGACUCCAUACUUUUGGCCAUCAAACUGCUGGGAACCAGAAAACACAGACUAUGCUGUUUACCUCUGCAAAAGAACAAUGCAAAACAAAGCACGUCUGGAGCUUGCAGACUAUGAAGCGGAGAGCUUAGCAAGGCUACAGAGAGCUUUCGCCAGGAAAUGGGAGUUCAUUUUUAUGCAAGCAGAAGCACAAGCGAAAGUUGAUAAGAAAAGAGACAAAAUUGAGAGGAAAAUUCUCGACAGUCAGGAAAGAGCAUUCUGGGACGUGCACAGACCAGUGCCUGGGUGUGUAAAUACAACAGAAGUCGACAUAAAGAAGUCAUCCAGAAUGAAAAAUCCCCACAAAACCAGAAAGUCUGUGUAUGGGCUGCAGAAUGAUAUCCGUACCCACAGCCCGACCCACACCCCCGCCCCAGAGGCCAAGCAGCCCACAGAAGAAGAACUGCAGGAACAGAUCGCCUUUUGGCAAUUGCAAUUAGACAGGCAUCGACUGAAAAUGUCCAAAGUGGCGGAGAGUUUACUGGCUUACACAGAACAGUACAUCGAAUACGACCCCUUCCUCACGCCUCCAGAUCCGUCCAACCCCUGGAUCUCAGAUGACGCCACACUCUGGGAGCUUGAAGCCAGUAAGGAGCCAGGUCAGCAGAGGGUAAAGAGGUGGGCCUUUGGCAUCGAUGAGGUUCUCAAAGAUCCAGUGGGGAGAGAACAGUUCCUCAAGUUCCUGGAGUCUGAGUUCAGCUCAGAGAACCUCAGGUUCUGGCUAGCGGUGCAGGAACUGAAGAAACGUCCCAUCAGAGAGGUCCCCACCCGGGUGCAGGAGAUCUGGCAGGAGUUCCUGGCCCCCGGGGCGCCCAGUGCCAUCAACGUUGACUCCAAAAGCUACGACAAAACCACUCAGAAUGUCAAAGAUCCUGGACGCUAUGCCUUUGAGGAUGCACAGGAACACAUCUACAAGUUGAUGAAGAGUGAUUCUUACAGCCGUUUCAUCCGCUCCAGUGCCUACCAGGAGUUAUUACAGGCCAAGAAGAAGAAAAGCAAGAACUUGUUCUGAAGGCUCUUGCUUCAGGGGAAAGCACUAGCGUCCAAGAGGCUGACCAGUCGUGUGCCAUCAUGCUAAAAUCAAUGCCAUCUCUCUCUCUGGGACAUGGAGAGGGGGACCAUCUCAUCUCUUUGUCAUCAUUGUCUGUCCAUCCGCUCUCGGCUCAGCCUGGACCGCCUGUUCGUCUGUUGUCCAGCGGAUGUUGCAUGUCCAUGGAGAGGAUGUACCUUCUUUUCUCUCCUCUUACAGUACCUGAUAUAUUUCCAGUAUUCUCAGAAAGGAGGCACUGCUGGACUCGUGAGUACACUGACAGACUGGCGAGAUGAAACAUGCUAUUGAAGAAAAUCAAAUCCUGUGUUCCAGAGCUUUCCAUCAUAACUGCUGGAUCAGAAGCCCCUCUCUCACUUCCAGCUGAAACAAAUGAUGUCAGAGAGAAGAAAAAAAACAAAUAGAAAAAAUAUAUUAAAUGACAGCUUAAACUGAUCAAUCUAACCAAUGUCAUUGCUUUACAUGAUCUGAGGUCACAGAUACUUUGUCACGCUAUGGGAAGUGUUGUGCAGAAUGAAUAUACAAUAUAUAUAUAUUCAUACACACACAUAUAUAUAUAUAUUAUGAUUUGUAUUAUUAUUAUUAUUUAUUGUGCAUUUAUUUUGCUUUGCAUUAUUUUAUUGCACUACAAUAAUUAGCACAUAUGGUUUUCAUUGCACUUGUAAAGUCACAUUCAAAAAUACAAAAAAGCUGUCUCCUGUUUUAUGUAGAACAUAAUUCUUUGUUAUUCUCUCCUGCAUUUAUUUUUAUACCAUAUUUAAAGACACUUUUACUUACUUGUAUUAUUAAAGUUGGCCCUCUAUCUGUUAUUAAUGGCUGUGUUUGGAUUUGUGUUACCUAUAUGAACCACUUAAGCAAUAAAGACAUAGCAUCUAG